AAAAAGAAAAAAAAAAAAAAAAGAAAAGAAACAGAAAUGCCGUCCUCGAGUCCCCGCCCCCCGGUUUCAGGCCCAGACUCAGGCCCCGAAAACCCAUUCCCCAUCCGCCUCUCCGGGCCUGUGAUCCAGGGUUUCGGAAGAGGGAGUAAAGAGCUAGGCAUCCCGACAGCGAACAUCCCCGUUGACGGGUUAGAGGAAGCCCUCCCGAAAGAACUGGGGGUAGGCGUUUACUAUGGCGUUGUUGCGCUGGACCCUGCUACAGACCCUUCAUCCGGGGACACGCAAGGAGGAAAAGAAGCAAAACCGCCGAUCCUCCCUGCCGUUCUGAGCAUCGGCUAUAAUCCCUACUACAAGAACACGACGCGGUCAAUUGAAAUCCACAUUCUCCCAUCCCUCACGUCCCCUUCACCAACUGCGCCCGAAGAACAAAAAGUCCGCUUCCACAAGCUCCCUGACUUCUACGGCACGAAGCUCAAUCUGCUGAUGCUGGGGUAUAUCCGGCCCGAAUACGACUACGUCUCCGCGGAAGCUCUCAUUGAGGAUAUCCGGGUUGAUUGCGAGGUAGCGAGGGCGAGUCUGCUUCGCGGUGCGUAUAGGGUUUACUUAGAUGGGGAGGGGGACGAGGGCGAUGAGAAGGUGAGGGAGCAGCGGGCUUGGUUGAGGGCGUUUUGACCGUUCGGUUUCGCAACUCCCAAAAACGGCCUUUUUUUUGUAUAGACAUUAAUACGAUAGAUAUACUCUAGAAUAAGAGACUCGUCAAGGAUUUAAUAAAAAUGACCUAAUAGAAAAAAAAAAAAAAUGCUUUGCAAUGCCCAGAC